UUAUUUGUUUGUAUUUUUCUAGGCACCAUGUUUUUAUGUUAACUUGCGGAUGCUUUUAAUAUAUUUCGCAAUAUUAUACCCUGAAGAUAGAAAAUUGUGCAACUAAAGUGCUUCAAUAUAGGAUAUUUUACAUUGCACAUCAAGAGUGGUGCAACAAUUGUCAGAUAAAUGCUUGCCCUGCCGCCAAGGCACGGCAUAUAAAUGCAGGCGAAGAAGAGAUAUAUCGCACUGCUACUUUCACUUUUUACUGUAACUAUUGUUUAUUAUGGAAGUCAAAAGGUGUUUGUUACAUGGAAUUCUGACCAGCCAGUCCCGUUAUUUAAACGGGACGCAACAGAUGACAUUCUACCCCAAAAGUCAAUGGCACAUCUCACAGAAGAUGAUAGCGUUUCUUCAAAACUUACAUUCUUCGCGGACCAAGAAGAUGAGUUCACUGACGAUGACUACAAAUCUCCUAUGGAGAGCAUACGAACACACAAAAGCGUUUAUAAGGGACGAAAGUGUCGAAUGGACACAUGCUUUGACUUUGAACGCUGCCACGCAAAUGGCUUCAAAGUUUAUAUCUACCCAGAACCAGAUGGCGAAAAAACCUCUGCAAACUACAGAAAUAUUCUUGAUGCAAUACGAACAUCACGGUAUUAUACGGAAAAUCCUGAAAAGGCAUGCCUAUUUGUUUUGGCAUAUGACACACUAGACAGAGACAAACUAUCAGAUGACUAUAUAAAAAAGUUAGGUUCCAAAGUUUCUCGUUUAAAAUACUGGAAUAAUGGACGAAAUCAUUUAAUAUUUAAUCUUUAUUCUGGUACUUGGCCAGAUUAUCUAGAAGACUUAAAUUUUGAUAUUGGGGAGGCUAUUCUAGCAAAGGCAAGUUUAAGCAAAGCAAGCUAUCGCGAAGGCUUUGAUAUAUCUCUGCCACUCUUCGGCAAAACACAUCCUGCAAAGCAGGGAGUUGCUGGAUUUUUGAAAAGAAAUCUUUUUCCACCAGUACGAAAAUACCUGUUGACUUUUAAAGGAAAGAGGUAUACUUAUGGAAUUGGUUCAAGCACAAGAAAUGCUCUUUAUCAUAUUCAUAAUGGAGAAGAUAUCGUUAUGUUGACAACAUGCCGACAUGGAAAACAUUGGGAAUAUCACAUGGACAAGCGAUGUUUGGCAGAUAAUGAAGAAUAUGAAAAAUGGGAUUAUGCUGAACUUCUUCACAAUUCAACUUUUUGUAUGGUACCUCGAGGCCGUCGCCUUGGCUCAUUUCGAUUUCUUGAAUCACUACAAGCAGCAUGUAUUCCUCUCGUUCUUGCAAAUGGAUGGAAACUACCAUUCGAAGAAGUCAUAGAUUGGAGCAAAGCAAUGAUACCUUGGGAGGAAAGAUUGCUUCUUCAGGUACCUAGCAUGAUACGUGAAAUAGAUAUGGACAGCAUAAUGUUGAUGAAACAACAAUCGCAGUUUCUAUGGAACACUUAUUUUUCAACCGUAUCCAAUAUUGUACAGACAACCUUGGAGAUAAUUAACGACAGAGUGUUUCCUGAACUUGCUCGCUCACCAGAAGUAUGGAAUUCUAAACCGGGUGCACUCGUGUAUUUGCCAACAUAUAGCAACGAUUUACAUGACUACCCAGCUUUUUAUGACACACUAGGACUACAGUCACCAACCAACUUUACUGCCGUAAUCCAAGCUAUAUCACCAGUUACAAGUUCAGCAGCUCCUAUAAUUAAACUUGUUCGAUCUCUAUCCCAAUCUGCAGCAUGUUCGCAAAUAAUUAUUCUAUGGCAUUGUGACAAACCCCCACCGUCUUCAAGUCGUUGGCCGACAGAAUCAUCAAAAGGAAGCAAAACACCUUUGACUGUGAUCAAUGAUAAUCCAAAGCUUAUUGGUCGUCGAUUCUUUCCUUUCGACGACAUAAAAUCAGAUGUUGUUUUAAGUUUAGAUGAAGACACUGUUUUGAAUACAGAGGAGAUCGAUUUUUCGUUUGAAGUUUGGAGAACGUUCCCAGAACGUAUUGUGGGUUUCCCAGCACGAAGCCAUCUUUGGGAUGAGAACCGUUCCAAAUGGUUGUAUACUUCCAAAUGGCAAAAUUCUUACAGUAUUAUAUUAACUGGAGCAGCAUAUAUUCACAAGUAUUAUUUUGCAUUGUAUUCUGAAUGGUUACCACAAUCAAGCAGAGUAUUAGUAAAUGAACUUGGUAACUGUGAAGAUCUUCUUAUGAAUCAUCUUGUCGGUCAUGUUACAAAACUGCCACCUAUUAAAGUUACUCAAAAGAAACAAUAUAAAGAUACAAGUGCAAUCCAAGGACAGAAGACUGAACCACAGUCCAGGUGGGCAGAUCCAAAGCAUUUUGCAGAACGACAGACUUGCAUGAAUAAGUUUACUGAAAUGUUUGGUUAUAUGCCGCUCUCUGCAUCCCAAGUAAGAUUUGAUCCAAUGUUAUACAAGGAUAAUGUGUCGGUAUUAAGAAAGCGAUAUCCAAAGAUAGAGAUUUGAAGAUGCCUUCGUUAUCAUGAAUGAUAAUAAUUGAAAAAGAAAGCAUUGCUGAUGCUGUUGCAAGUCGAGAGUGGAGAAUAUUUGGUUUAAACAUGAUUGCACUUAUGUAUGCCAAAUGAAAUGUCGUAAUUAGUAUGGAUAGAUUGAAAAACAGUUUUGCUGGUUGGCCUUUCUCACAUAAUGUCCAUAAUUCUGCGAGUUGUGUGUUGAAUAGCUGAUUACACAAAUCUAACAGUAAUUUUGAUUACCAUGCAAACAAUAGUAAAUUCUUAGAUUUGACCCAAAUUCAAUUCAUUUGGCACAAUGGAGGUUGUGCCAAUGAAAUGCAAAUGUAUGCCAGUGGUUUGUCAGGGCAGUUUCUCGCAAAAGUGGUUGCUCAUCCUAAUUCAUAUAUGAAGAAAAUUCUAUGUCAAUGGUAAUAUCGGAAGAAAAAUACCAAAGGGCCAAAUUGAUUCAGCGAUGUUACUAAUCCAGUCUGAUUAAAAAUAAAAUACUCUGAAGCUGGAUAAAAUUUUUGAUUUACUUGAUUUGCCUGAUUAAGGCUAAAUAAUGAAUUGAUCAUGUUCUUUAAAUUAUCUCACUGAGAAUUUUUUUGGGUGGUAACCAGGGAAAUAGUUUUUAAUGAUUUCUAACAAUAAAAAAUAUUUGUUUCAAAUCUUGCUGAUUGACAUUUUCACAACAAGUCUGUUGCGAUAAGAAUAUUUUAGGCAAAGGCAAAAAUUUUGGAUUUUUACUCAAUGUAGACUAUUUUGUGUUGAAGUAUUCUGCCAACCUAUGGCUCAAAGAAAAGAAAGUGUAUCCUUUUUUUUUUUUAUUCCUAAUCUUGGUAUUUUAUGGUAAUGUUAUGAAGACUAUCUUUUUUUUUUAAACUUUGCGCUAUUUAUUAUUGUUAGUGUUAUCAUUACUGCUUAACGUUCCAUGUUUUGUCCUGUUGCUUUUGAUAUUGUUAACUUUAUUUAUAUCUUGUCAUGUGUAGCGAACUACAGAGGAAAUAGUACAUAUUUUAUGUCUUUCAAUGAACUUUCACUAAUUGUAUUAUUUAAAACCAUCUUCCAUGAAUUUAGUGAAUUUUGCAGGAUCAGCCAAAAAAAAACUUGUUACAUCACGAGUUUAGUGAAUAUAUACAUACAGAUACAACUAUAAACCCAACAGUUACCCCAAUUAAAAUGUUUCGAUAGUUGAUCAUGCAACUUCUACUGAUAAAUUUAUGUUAGAUAUCCCUUGGUGCCAAAUUAUUGCAAUUUUUGACGAAUAGGACAUUUUAUACAUAAUCUAAUACCUAAUAUCACAUCUGAUCUAUAUAAUUGUGAGCUUGAAUAUAUCGCGCCUCUUCUGGCGCAGUCUAUGGCUCUUGCUCGGCUUGCACAAGUUUACCAUUUAUACCUCUGAACCGACAAAACAUACUUUCUGUACAUGGUGCCUAUUUUGAAGCCGAAUAAUACUUUUUUUCUUUCCUAGCCUAAAUAAUUUGUGUGCUUCAUUGCAGCAUUUAUAAAAACGAUUUUACUUGUCCAAACUACUCUAAUGACUUCAGAUUUUCUAUGAAUGCUUGGGUGAAUAUAUUCCAAUGCUUUGUAGUGAGAAA